CUCGACGCUCUGCUUUGGAUGCGGAGCUCAGUUUUUUUCCUACUGGGGAAACUUUAAGUCCCCGCUGUUCGGCUCAUAAAGGAGCCAUAAAAGGGGGUCUCCGCCGCAGAGAGAACUCGGAGUCGGGGAGUCCGACAUGGGGGGAGGUUAUGUCGCGGCGUCGGAAAGGGGCCAUUGGCACUCAAAAAGAGUGAAUGAAAUGUGCAGCUGGGGGUGUCAUUUCUGAAGGGAGGAGUCUUUCUCUCGGAGAGGAGUCCUCAAUGAGCCUGGCCGCGGCCCGGGAUCUGUGUGAAGUGGACUAAGGAUUAAGUAGGAUGUCAACUGAGACAGAACUUCAAGUAGCUGUGAAAACCAGCGCCAAGAAAGACUCCAGAAAGAAAGGUCAGGAUCGCAGUGAAGCCACUUUGAUAAAGAGGUUUAAAGGUGAAGGGGUCCGGUACAAAGCCAAAUUGAUCGGGAUUGAUGAAGUUUCCGCAGCUCGGGGAGACAAGUUAUGUCAAGAUUCCAUGAUGAAACUCAAGGGCAUUGUUGCUGGCGCUCGUUCCAAAGGAGAACACAAACAGAAAAUCUUUUUAACCAUCUCCUUUGGAGGAAUCAAAAUCUUUGAUGAGAAGACAGGGGCCCUUCAGCACCAUCAUGCUGUUCACGAAAUCUCCUACAUUGCAAAGGACAUCACAGAUCACCGGGCCUUUGGAUACGUUUGUGGGAAGGAAGGGAAUCACAGAUUCGUGGCCAUAAAAACAGCCCAGGCAGCUGAACCUGUUAUUCUGGACUUGAGAGAUCUCUUUCAACUCAUUUAUGAAUUGAAGCAAAGAGAAGAAUUAGAAAAAAAGGCACAAAAGGAUAAGCAGUGUGAACAAGCUGUGUACCAGACAAUUUUGGAAGAGGAUGUUGAAGAUCCUGUGUACCAGUACAUUGUGUUUGAGGCUGGACACGAGCCAAUCCGUGAUCCCGAAACGGAAGAAAACAUUUAUCAGGUUCCCACCAGCCAAAAGAAGGAAGGUGUUUAUGAUGUGCCAAAAAGUCAACCUGUAAGUGCUGUGACCCAAUUAGAACUUUUUGGGGACAUGUCCACCCCCCCUGAUAUAACCUCUCCCCCCACUCCUGCAACUCCAGGUGAUGCCUUUAUCCCAUCUUCAUCUCAGACACUUCCGGCGAGUGCAGACGUGUUUGGCUCUGUACCUUUCGGCACUGCUGCUGUACCCUCAGGUUAUGUUGCAAUGGGCGCCGUCCUCCCAUCCUUCUGGGGCCAGCAGCCCCUCGUCCAACAGCAGAUGGCCAUGGGUGCUCAGCCACCAGUCGCUCAGGUGAUGCCGGGGGCUCAGCCCAUCGCAUGGGGCCAGCCGGGUCUCUUUCCUGCCACUCAGCAGCCCUGGCCCGCUGUGGCCGGGCAGUUUCCGCCAGCCGCCUUCAUGCCCACACAAACUGUUAUGCCUUUGCCAGCUGCCAUGUUCCAAGGUCCCCUCACCCCCCUUGCCACCGUCCCAGGCACGAGUGACUCCACCAGGUCAAGUCCCCAGACCGACAAGCCCCGGCAGAAAAUGGGGAAGGAAAUGUUUAAGGAUUUCCAGAUGGCGCAGCCUCCGCCCGUGCCCUCCCGCAAGCCCGACCAGCCCUCCCUCACCUGUACCUCAGAGGCCUUCUCCAGUUACUUCAACAAAGUCGGGGUGGCACAGGAUACAGACGACUGUGAUGACUUUGACAUCUCCCAGUUGAAUUUGACCCCUGUGACUUCUACCACGCCAUCGACCAACUCACCUCCAACCCCAGCCCCUAGACAGAGCUCUCCGUCCAAAUCGUCUGCGUCCCACGCCAGUGAUCCUACCACAGAUGACAUCUUCGAAGAGGGCUUUGAAAGUCCCAGCAAAAGCGAAGAGCAAGAAGCUCCUGAUGGAUCACAGGCCUCAUCCAACAGUGAUCCAUUUGGGGAGCCCAGUGGGGAGCCCAGUGGUGAUAAUAUAAGUCCACAGGCUGGUAGCUAGAUAGCGCAGGUCUGGGAGCCGGAGCCUCUCUAUGCGCAGAUCAACAGACCUAAGAAAUAGCUUCGAUGCGAGCUCGUGGUGGGUGCUUCAGGACUGACAUGGACAUCAGCAUCACGACAGGCUCUCUUGUAUUCUUUCACCUCAUCCCACAAAGAAAUUCAUGAUUGCCCCGUGGAACUCGUUCAGAAGAGGGAACUAAACGUUUUUGGCAACCAAUGGCAGAUACCUAUAGCAGCACAAAAAAAAAAAAAAAAAGUAUAAAAAAAAAGCCCAACAUUAAACCACCAAUUAAACAAAUGCUUUCCUGACAAAUAUUAUGAGCUCUCUUCACUGGGUGUAUGACCCAGUGUGCAAAAUCAUAAUUCUCUUUUUAUUUCUCAACCUGUUGACCACUGUAGAGACAUCAGAUUUGGAGUGACAAGCAUCAGAGAAUUACAACAGGAUUGGCACUGACUUCUUUUAGGCAAAAGGCAAGGGGUCCUCUGUGACCACAAUAUCAUCAUCCAUAUGCCUUUUGACAUGGGAUGAUGUUUUUUCGUCACUCCACAGGGCCUGGUUUGCCAUUUUCUCCCCCUUUCCUUUCUUUGUCAUGUUUGAAAAUUAAUGAGUGUACAAAUUUUUGUAUUGCUUUUGACUUUUUUUAGAUAUGGAUGAAGAGAUCUAACUGGGGGGAAAAAAGCCUCCUAUGAAAUGAAUUAACUUGAAAUCACAAGACAAAUAAUUAGUUGAUUAUUGGUUAUGAUCAAGAAUGUUGCCAAAACAACCCUUUAGCUAUUCUGCAUCCCGGUGAAGAAAGACAGUUUGAACCUUCAUUCUGUGAGUAGGAAAGGACAUCGCAUCCCCUUGAUGAGAAAGAUGGAAAAUGCAUCUGAUUUCCUAAGAAACUCUAAGUACAAUAAAAUGAUAUUUUUUAUUUUUCCGAUAUCUUGCUGCUGUGAUGCUAUGCAGACAAGUGUCUUCUCCACGUGCCAUUUUCAAAGAAAAGUCAUUUGCCAAAUAAUUCUGGUACACUUCUGGUAAUGUGUUUUUGGAUCUUAAAAACCGACUUUCCAAUGGAACAAUGGUGACAUAAAUAUUCGGAAUAACAAACUGAUUUCACAGUCAAAAUGGUUCAUCUCUAUCCCUUUUUGUACAUCAGAAAAAUUCAAAUGGGAUUUUUAUUUUAUAACUUGAAAAAAAAAAAAACCUUACCAUUAAACUCUUUAAAUAUUUAAGGGAAAUGGCUUUAAGGAGUUCUAAUGAAAAAAAAAAAUGUCAGUUUUUUUUUUUUUGUAAAUAUAAAUGUUAAUGAAAAUGCUUUUUAAUAAUGCCAUUACACUGUAGAGAAGGUAGCAGAUUGAGUGCAAGGUGUGACAAAUUGAUGGAUGGGGCUCACUUUCCAGAUGUUAUUCUGGAGCGUAUGGUAGGAAGCUGGAGUUCAGGGACAGCUGGCGGAGCAGUUGGCCGGUCGGCAGCUAGUGAACAGGAAGGGAGUGCGGGAGUCCACAGUCUGGCCUCCCCACGAGAGCACUCACCCUAUGCGUAAAGUAAGAAAAAGACAGUUCAUGUUUUGGAGGCCUGUCCUUCAGACCUGAAACUCUUUCACCUCUCCACUCCUACCUACCCCCCCUAUAACUCACUGGACUGUCUGGAUGUGGAACAGAAGAGUUUAAGCUUCCUUUUUUUUACAUUUAUGAGACAAAAAGUGCAGUUUCAGUUCGUAUGUUUAGCACAUGAUUUUCAUAAAGAAUCUAUAUAUUUUUGCCCUACAGAGAAUUGUUAUACAGGCCAAAUGUGUUUUCCUGAUGUUCCUAUGCAGUUGCAGUAUGUUGAAUUUAGUGUUUUAACACUAAGAAGAAGACUUUGAGGAUUCAUGUGGUUCAUUGGAUUUGGGGGUAGUUAUUAUGACUUGGUUUUAAAAUUUGAAAAAUUAGAAUUUACAUUGAUAUGAUUGAUUUUAACAGGCCUGGAUUGGGUUCUUGAUAUCAAUAGAAACUAAAGUGAUUUGAAAGACUGAUUUUAAAAUGAUCGUAUACUUGUUGACAAAGAGAAAAGUGAUACAUCGAGGUGACUGUUCUCAUUUAAAGCCCACAUUUUACACUAUCAGGUCACUGAAAUCUGAUUUUUUUCCAGUUGGAGAAACUGGCCAAAUGUCUAUUAGAGAAUAUAUGUAAAUGUCAUCCCGAUGUGGAAGGUCUGAAGAACCAGAAAAGUGAGAAGGGCCAUUUACCUCCCUCUGUGGCUAUCACCUGUGGGUCCACAUGAUUUCUGCAGGAAUAUGCAAACAGGUUAAGAUUAGGGAACCCUUUGCCAUGAAGGGGAAGCAGGGAAGGGUGUGAUGACCAUGAGAGUUGUCCUGAAACCAGCUCAAUUAUGUUUUCUGGGUAUUUGGCAAGAUAGGCAAUUCCCAUGGGGAACUUGCUUAACUGGUUCUGUUGUCCAUGAUUCUGAUUCAAAACAAGUGGUGCUAUCUUCUCCCUCAACACGGCUGUCUUGAGUUUGUCUUGCAGUAUCACACCGUUAUGCCGAUUCUUUGGGUUGCUUCUGACACAUUCGGAGUGAACUCUGGCCGAUGUUGCUGUUUCAGGUACACGGUCUGAAGUAAAUUUCAUAGCAGAAGGUGACAGCCCAGGGGACUGGUCCUUCAUUGAAUAUGAUUGAAAAUGUAACUGGCUCUGAAGAAGUUGCCCAAGUGAGAGAACUAAAGUCAAGAUUUUAAACUGCCAUCCAUGUUCCCAUUGGCAGAAUUGUGAUUUUUUUUUCCAAGCACUGUUUGGUGAGCCCAGAAAGAACCACCGUAUCCUACCCCAGGAAUACAGUGACAUUUCCAAGCAAGAGCUGAGGUGCCAAUACCAAAAGACCAUGGGGGAAUCUGCACAGUUCUGGUUAGAUCAAUAGAAAAAUCUAUGUGUACAACUGUUAAUUCCUCAUCCUUCACUAGCACUAAAUUUGUCACUUUAAAUUUUGAAACCAGGGAAACGCCACCUGUCAUUCUGUCCCCAUUCUCCGUAGCUCUUCAAUCUUCACAUGCCGCAAGACUUUUUUGAUAGCUCGUACUCAUCCCAGUGUCUGCUGAAACCCCAUCAUGUAAUGUACCGGGCACCUUCUUUUCAAAAAAUGUUUACUCUGUGGGUUUGGUUCAUUUCAAUUUCUGCGUUCUGACACAUAUUUUUUUAAUAAAGAUGAGAAAGAGAAAAUGACUGUUGCAGUACAUUUCUAGACCUACUUUAACUUUACCUCAGAUGCCAGUUUGUUAACAUAUAUGGACACAUUAUUUUUAACUUUAUGUACAAUGCAUUCAACAGAACAGCGAAAUUUUUAGAAAUUUUCCAUUAAUUUCUGUAACACACCAUGUAAAACUGUUACAAAUAAACAUGUUUGAGAACAA